AUGAGCGUUGGACCUCUAUGCCUGGCGGGAUGGAUUCUAGUCCUUUUCUCCAAGUCGUUGUAUUCUCUCAUUCUUGUACGGAUCCUGCACGGCCUGGCGCUGGGAGUGGUGUACACAGUCACGCCGAUCUACACCGCAGAGAUCGCCGAGUCAAGGAUACGCGGUAGGCUGGUAGGCAUGUACCAGGUGAUCGGAUCCUUAGGCACCAUUUACUCUUUCUCUCUUGGCCCUUAUCUCGAAUAUGAUACGUUUGUCUUCGCCUGCCUUCCGCUCCCAAUAAUAUUUACAAUAAUAUGGAUGUUCGUUCCUGAGACUCCAUACUACUUAUUAAUGACUGAGCGAGUGGAUAAGGCAAGGAAGGUCCUCAUGUAUUUCAGAGACGGGGAUGUGGAAGAAGAACUCGAGGACAUGCAGAAAGCAGUAAUGGAAGAAAUGCCAAAGAAGAAAUCCUGGGAGAUACUCUUCAGUGAUAAGAAAGAGAAGAAGGCGUUCGUCAUAGUUCAGAUCGUGACGAUUACCAAAUUCCUGACUGGGAUAGCAAGCAUCAAAAGCUACACCUUGGAAAUGUUCUCAAGAAGUGGCUCCUGCCUCCCUCCAGAAGUCAUGUCCAUCCUCCUCGCAUCCCUUCUCACUGUUAUCAGUUUUAUAGCAGCCUUCCUGUCCGACUGGGUUGGUCGUAAACCAUUGCUCCUGCUGUCCUGCUUUGGCUGCUUCGUCGCACACUUCCUCAGCGGUGGAUAUUAUUACAUCCACGAGAAGACCGCCAUUGAUGCCUCUAACUAUAUUUAUAUACUCUACAUUGGUCUCGCUAUGUACUGCAUCUUUAUAGAAAUUGGACUAGGUCCACUCCUGCAAAUCCUGCAGUCAGAGAUGUUCGGGACAACUACGAGGGGCAUCGCGGCCGGAAUUACUGAGGGACUUGCAUCGUUGAUAUCAUUAGUAACUAUAAAAUUCUAUGCUCCCGUCAAUGAAAGAUAUGGAGCCCAUGUCAAUUUUUUUUUCUACAGCUUGGUCGGCCUAAUCGGUGGUGUUCUCCUGUCGUUUUUGAUGUAUGAAACGGCAAGAAAGACGAUAGGUCAGAUGGAAACUACGCCAAGGAACAGAUAA